AAAUAGACUCCUGAUGAGGCAGAUUUGCAUGCAGGUAAAUUUCAAUCUAUUGAUCUAUCGAAUCAAUCAAUUCAAUACCAUAACCUUGUAUCACACAGCUGUAACACUUCUGAUUCGUGUAUAGUCAAGUGAUUGUUGAGGUACGUGGCUGAUGGGAGACAUAUCUUUUCUUUUCUAACCUCCACAUAAAUUGCGUGAUGCAACCUUCAAGAAAUACAUACAUGACAUAUCGUAACUUUAUAUGAUUUGCACCACGAGCCGGAACGAAAAUGAAAAAUAGAGGACAUUCCGAGAGGCAACCUCCUACGAUCACUCUGUAAUAUCGGCUGUGCGUAUUGCCGCACCCUUUAAUGUUGGCUGAUGUUUGAUCAGGUGUUCUAUGAAUGACUACCCUCACUCGACUGACUUGCACGCAUCGAAGUACAGUCAGUAGUCUAGCUAACCCAGCGAACAACCAUUGUUGACCGAGGCGAAGCCUCAGAGAUGGUAUCAGGCAAAUCUACGAUUAGUCUGUUUACCUGAGCAAGAUAGAUAACUCAAGAUUAAGAAAUGGGUUGUAUUUCUACAAAGACUGUCAUUUCCGAUGACACAGAUGAUCUCAACAUUCCAGAUGUACAUAGCCAACCCUCAAGAUAUCAUCUCAACACUCCAGAUGUACCAAGAGAACAAAGAUAUCAUCUCAACACUCCAGAUGUACCAAGAGAACAAAAAUAUCAUCUCCACACUCUAGAUGUACCAAGACAACAAAGAUAUCAUCUCAACACUCCAGAUGUACCAAGACAACAAAAAUGUGUUCUAGAAUUUCAAGAUACGUUGAAUCCAUGCAGUGAUGGAAGCUUACUCAGUACUCUAGCCCCUUCAGAUACGUUGAGUCAAUGCAGUGGUGGAAGUUUACUCAGUGUUUUCGAAUCUCAAGACACGUUAAGUCAAUGCAGUGAUGGAGUUUUACGCCGUACUCUAGCCCCUUCAGAUACGUUGAGUCAAUGCAGUGGUGGAAGUUUACUCAUAUUAAAACUUCCUGGAACAUCUUUAGAGACAGAACCUGUGUUUGAAAAGGAGGAAAUAUUACCUGAAUUUUAUACAUGGCUGAACGAUAAGUACAAGGACAUAAAAGUCGUUCGGUUAUACAUUGGAAAACAAGACCUUGGGCAAAACGGAUCUACAAAAGAUGUUAUAGUAUUAGUCCUUGACGGUUUCAGUGUUAUUAAAGAGGAUGCAUAUGAACAUCGGAGAAUCACAUUUCCUAUCAUUUGUAAACUUUGGAAGUUUCUGCCAGUGGAGGAAUUGAUCAGUAGUCCUGAUCCAUUUUCGAACUCCGAAUUCCCAACAAAAGUAGAAUUAUGCAUUCAGAGUAUAUCAAAAAGUCUUUUUAAAGAACAUUCAAACCUGGAAAGUAUCAGUGCAUCUUUUUAUCGCUUGAAGGAUAUUGGAGAAGAAAAGAAACGUCUACCUGAGCUUUGCAUUGUGUUGUACUGCUCUUGUAAAGGUGUUGUACCGCUUCACGAACAAGAAUUUCCAAAAAUUAUCAAAGGAAUAAAGACUGAUGUUAGAGAAGGUUUCUUUCACUUGUUUGGAAUUGAUGAUUUUUUCAAGAGAUCAACAGACGUUCUCAAUCCAUUAAUGAUGGGUGCAAGCAUUAGUAAAAAGGAUGAUAAUAAUGGAGGUACCCUCGGAGGAUUCGUCACCUUGGAAAAUGGGGAUAUAGGAUUCAUAACUUGUGCACACGUGUUCUUCGAUCUGUCAGGUCAAUGUGAUCCAUCAGCUAAGUUUGAUAUUGUGCAACCAUCUUAUGGUUAUUUGAAUACCAAUACAGUAUGUGGUACCCAUGCAAGAUCGUGCUUCCCGACAUCUCAGUCAGAUAUCAAUGCUUGCACCAUUGACGCAGCACUCGUUAAACUAACAGACCGUGUUCCCGAAAGAGGAUUAUUUGCCGAUCUUACUGUAGAUAACUUAAAGGAGAAUGGAUAUAGCAUAGAUAACCUCCCCGAAUAUAGUACAGCGGAUAUUCGUGAUAGUGAAGAGGCUGGACGUCUGAUGUUGCCUUGUGUCAAAUGGGGAGCAAAAACUGGAUUUACAAGAGGCAUGCUUCGUUUGGCGGGAACCGCUGUCAGGUGGACCAAUGAGUCGAUUAAUCUUGGCAACCCGUCCUCUCAGUGCUCAUUCAUAUUCAAUAAACAACUUGAGAUACAGGGAAUAGGUGGUACGUCAUUUGCUCUUCCGGGAGACUCUGGGGCUCUUGUUUUUCAGCUGGAUCCAGCAAAGAAAGAAAACGAAGAUCAUCAGUUACAUUGUAUUGGUAUGGUUGUGGGUGGCAUAUCGGCUGGGAAAACAAUUGUCACGCCUAUCAGACCUAUUCUUGAGGCUCUGAAUGUAAAACUGCACAAGUUUUCUCAAGAAAAAAUGGAUGAUUCCUAGCUGACAUAUCAGCAUUCAAUCCACCCAAGUCUUGAAACGCCUACCACAACACUAUAUCUCUCAAGAAGCUGGGCUUCGCCAUUAUGUUUUGAAGUUGCCCUGCUUUAAACCGUUUUGAAUGGUACUAAUGCAAUAAAGCAUACCCGUGUAUACUCCAAAAGACUUGUACAGUUAUUUUCCUUUAUAUGUAAUUCAUAUUUCCUUGUUACAAAUUCGUGAAAUUUGAAUUUUUACAAUAAAAACUCUGUUAUAUGUA